UUGGCCGAGGCUCGAGCUCAUUCACUUUUACAGCAAUAUUCUAAUCUUUUCUUCCUCCUGCAAUCAGAGCCCAGACAUAUCGCCUCCCUAUGUCGUCUAGUCAGUCUUGCAGAAAUCGAUACCCUCCUCCAAACCGUAAUGUUCACACUGUACGGCAACCAAUAUGAGAGCCGAGAAGAGCAUCUGCUCUUGACCAUGUUCCAGUCCGUUCUAUCAGCGCAGUUCGAGACCGCGACUGAAUUCGGCUCUCUUCUCCGGGCCAAUACGCCUGUCUCGCGAAUGAUGACCACGUACACGCGCCGCGGUCCCGGCCAAAGUUACCUCAAGAGUGUUUUGGCAGAAAGGAUUAACAGCUUGAUCGAGCACCGAGACCUGAACCUCGAAAUCAAUCCCUUGAAGAAGGUGUACGAACAAAUGGUUACUCAGAUAGAAGAAGAGACCGGAACCCUUCCGCCAAAUUUACCGAGAGGUGUUCCGCCCGAGGUCGCAUCCGCCAAUCAGGACGUACAGGCCAUCAUUGCCCCACGACUUACGAUGCUCAUGGAGAUCGCCAACAGCUUCUUGUUAACUAUCAUCGAGAGCAUGGAAACCGUUCCCUACGGUAUUCGUUGGAUCUGUAAACAGAUUCGCAGUCUUACCAGACGUAAAUAUCCGGACGCCACGGACUAUGCUAUCUGCUCGCUCAUAGGAGGAUUCUUCUUCCUUCGUUUCAUCAAUCCAGCUGUAGUAACGCCGCAAGCUUAUAUGCUCGUGGAUGGUGUCCCUGCAAAGCACCCGCGUCGAACAUUGACUUUGAUAGCAAAGAUGUUACAAAAUUUGGCCAACAAGCCAUCUUAUGCCAAGGAAGCGUAUAUGGCCUCUCUUAAUCCAUUUGUGGAGAAUAACAAAGCUCGUAUAAAUCUUUUCCUCAAUAAUCUCUGCGAGGUCGGAGACUUUUAUGAUACACUGGAGAUGGAUCAAUAUAUGGCCUUGUCUAAGAAAGAUCUUAUGAUACAUAUUACGUUGAAUGAGAUGUACAACACUCAUUCGCUACUGACGCAACACGCGAAUGUUCUUGCACCCAACGAAAAGCAGCAUCUGCGCAUCCUCCUUGAUGAGUUGGGGGCAGCUCCAGCCCAGGUUCCCCGCAAGGAAAAUCGAACGUUGGAUCUUUCCUUGUUCAGUCGCUGGGAAACACCCAUUCAAGAUAUCACGACAGCUCUAAUGGCGGAAAAUAAUGUUACACAAAACGAAAUUCUGUACAUGGAAACCAAGUCUAUUUUUGUGCAGCUCAUUCGCUCCAUCCCUCACGCUGCCGACAAACGACCCAUCAACCUUUCGGGAAUUGCGGAAAAAGCAGCAACAUCCAAAGAUGCGACGCUUGUACGCAAAGGCAUCAAGGUGAAAGAAAUGUUAAGAGAACUAGAAGAGUUGAAAGUUGUCGAUCGCAAAGACGACUACAAGUUGAUGCAAGAAGAA